GCCAACAAUAAAAAAAAGUAGCAGCAAACGUAAGCAGCGCAGCUUAACUCUUUUUUUUACGGCUGCACAGAAAAGUAAUCUGGUUUUUAUGUUUUACUUUGCACGAAGCGCGCGCUAAUGCUAACGAGUGUAUAUGUGUGUGUUUCUGUGAUGUGUGAUAGUGUGUUUAUGUUUGUAGAAAACAUAAACAACAAUUGAUGCCUGUUACAGUUUUACAUUUGUUUACUUUUGUGUGUCAACUUUCGUCGCGCUUUUGCAGCUUACGAAAAACAAGGCGAAGCGUGAACUAAUUAAAAAAAUACUUUUCCACACAAUUAACAGGCGUCGCUGCAGCAAAUUUGGCCUGGAGCCGGGUCAUCGCGCUUAGGAGCAACUCGCCAUGCAUCGCCCACUGAAGCCGCACGCAUCCACGGCACAAGCUAAGAAGGUACAGCCACCCACAAUACCCGGCGACAAGCCGCAGCAAUCAAUACCCACUUCGCCCAUUGGUGGCGCUCAUCAUCAACAGCCGCUGAUACCGCUCUACAGGCUAAGCGGUCCCUUGCGGCAUCAUCAACAGCAGCUGCAGCAACUAGACGAUGGCAUUUGUAGCAUGAGUGGCAGCAGCAUUGUCUCGUCGCCCUCGCUGGAGGAGGGCGGCUUCAACUUGCCACGCGAAACAAGCGUCGCGUUGCGUCUGAAGGAUGAAGCUGUUGCACCAGCAACUGCAGUGCAGCCAGCCGGAGCAGCAGCAGCGGCGGCGGCGGCAGCUGGUGUCGCCGGCAGCAAAGCCCCCAAUAUUGUGCCAUGCCCACCGCCUGUGUUUUGUGCCACGCUGCGCGAGCCGCUUACACACAAGGCUGCAGUUUACUAUCAUCAGCAGCUGGCGCUGCAAGAGGAUCAGGGCAUUGACUUGACCCAAUCGCCAGGACGCGACUCACCCGGUUCGUCAUCGGGCUCCGCUGGCUCCGGCUCGCGUCACAGCACUGCGAGCCUGGACUCUGGUCGUGCCUCCUCCUAUUUGACAGGCGUCUCCUCGUCGGGCGCCUCUUCCAUACGCGCUCCGCUCUCCUCGCCACGCUGCAGUUCUGUUAGCUCGUGCUCCAUUGGCAGCGUCGAUAGGCAGCGCAACGAUGAGCUCAUCAUUGACUGGCUGCUCGAGAUGAAGCACGAGGAGUAUGCGCAGCUCUUCAUAGCCGCCGGCUACGAUUUGCCAACUAUAGCACGCAUGACCCCAGAGGAUCUCACAGCCAUUGGCAUCAAGAAUCCGCAUCAUCGUGAGCGCAUCAAGCAGCGCAUCGACAAGCUGCAAGUGCUCGACAAUUUGCCACACUUUGUGCCCGGUUCCAUUGAGGAAUGGCUACAACUGUUGCGCCUCGAAGAGUAUAUACAGCCACUGCUGGAGCAAAACUAUAAAACUGUGCGUGAUGUCACCCAAGUCACUUGGGAGGAUCUCGAGGAUAUUGGCAUAGUCAAGUUGGGACAUCAGAAGAAAAUUCUAUUGGCCAUCAAGAGAGUCAAGGACAUUAUCAGCGGCAAAUGGAAUCCAGGCGGUGGCAGUGCUUAUCAGCAACAGGUGCGACAGCCGCGCGGCAAGAGUCUCGAAUCGCUGGAGGACAUACACGACAACAGCACGCGCAGCCAUUUGACCUUUAGCCAUUACACCACCACAGACUACGGACACUUUGGGCCGCCCACAACGGCGGCUGCAGCAGCAGCAAUGGCAUUGCAACAGCAGCAGCAGCAACAUCAUCAGCUGCUGCAACAGCAACAGGCAGCACAGGCGCGCAUGCUGGGCAAUAAUGCGGCCGCCAUGGCCUGGCGUCGUUCCUACGAUGAUGGCGACAUUACACCCACCAAUGAUGCCACUCGCGAGUUAAUCUAUGAGGAGGGCGGUGGCACGCUGCCACGUCAACAGCGUGGCAUACUACAGCGUGCUGUGCUGAACACCAUGCCGCCACUAGAGCAUCACCAUUAUAUGAAUGCAGCAGCAGCAGCGGCGGAAUACGGCACAGCUGGUGGUGGUGGUGUUGCUGCCGAUGGCGUAACAGCUUAUCUAAGUGGCAGUCCUUUGACGGGCAAAAAGAUUGCGCCCGAGCCACCGCGUCGUCAUUGCAGCAUACGCAACUCGCGUCAGCUAAGCGGAGAUGGGCAGCAGCCAGCCGCCUCAGCUGGUCAACAGCAGCAGCAGCAGCAACUGCAACAAUCGCAGCAAGCACAACAUAUGUUCUAUGGCCACAAUAGCACGCAGCACUGGCAACAGCAGGCAGGCGGCGCACUGAGCUCUCAGCAGCAGCAGCAGCAGCAGCCAAUCUAUGCCAACUACGCCACCAUACAGCAGACCACGGCUGAGAUACACUGCGAGAAGUAUCACGACAAUAAAUCAAACUCAAGCAUCGAUUCGAUUGAUACGAUACCGUUUGCCAAUGAGAACACCGGCACUAUCAAGCAGCGUCUGCUCAACCGCCAGGAGCUGCAGGCAGCGGGCACAGCAAAUGGAGCACAUCACGCUGGCACACAUCUGCACUCCUCGAGCUCCAGCUCGAGCUCAUCGUCAACCAACACCAUUGCCAACAUAGCGCACUCGUUCCAUUCGCUAAAAUCUUCCAGCUCGCUGCACGAUGCCACUUUGGCACGCAGCGACAGCAUGUGCAGCACGGCGAGCGCCGGCAGCAGUGCGCUGCAUUUGCGUUCGCCUACUCUGGAUGUGGCAACAGCCGUUGGGACAGCUGAGGUGGCUGCAGCGCCAGAGGUGGCAGCCACAGCGACAACGCCUGGAAGCAGCAGCAGCGGCGGCGGCGGCGGCGUGCCGCCAAAGGUGUCGGUCAAUGUGCUUAACGAUAUUGGCAACAUGUUGGCCAAUUUGACAGAUGAGCUGGAUGCAAUGCUUGAGGAAGAGAAGCGUGUUGGCCUCAACAUUGACAGCGAGUAAAGCCUGUGGCUAAACUUUGUGCUAAUUAUUAACUAAACCAACAACAACAACAACCACAACCAUGUAGUGUAGCUGAAUUGUUUUAUGUUACCCCCUACGCUUGUAAAUUUCUUGUGUUUUUUUUUAAGUUGUGUAAAUUUUUGCUCAUUUUGUUUUUAAAGCAUUGUCUAAUCUUGGCAUACCUGUAAAAUUUAUGAAAAUUGUUGCUGUAGACAAUUUCCAAUACACAGCACUAUCCGCAGAGCAUUAAAUUAAACUGAAAAUAUAGCAUCAGUGUUGUGUGUAGCAUUGAGUAAAACUUUAGAUGAACAUAUAUAUAUAUAAAUAUAUAAAAUAUACACACUAUAAUAAUGUGACUUACUGAACUUGAUUCAAAACUAUGUAAAAGUUUUCAUAUUUAAUUUUUUUUACUACUUGAACUAAAGCGCAUGCACAUGCAUGGUAAUGUCUUGGCAACUUUUUGUUUAUUUUAUGUACACAACUUUGUAAUGUGUAUUAAAUACAACUUGAUAAACUACAACAGAACAGAAAAGCUUUUGAGAAUCGUAUACUUUUGUACUUUCCCUAACAAUGAUGAAUACAAAAAUAAAAGCAGUUAAAGUCUAAGUAUAUUCUAAACAAAUAAUGAAAAGUAAGCACAAAAUGCAUAGUUAAUAU